AUGUUGAUAACGCAAGAUAGUAGUUGUUACAUAGUUGGCUUCUCGUCUUGGCACCCCCAGACGCUGACCAAGUGGACAGAACGUUUUGGGUUGGCAAGCCCAAGGUGGUCAGGCACGCACAGCUCCCGUCUCGACAGCAGCGCACGCAAAGAAGACAGGAAGCGUUGCAGUUCUGAAACACAUCUCUUGCCGAGGCGACCUGAGCGCAAUGGAGCUCAAAGGUAA